UAUACUUGCUGUUGCUGAGACUGAGACACGAAUGAGAUCUAUUGCAAUUGCAAAGAGGAAAAAGGAAAAAGAAAAAAAGAAUUUCCCGAGUUUGAACCGUUUUUCUUUAACGCACAACUCUGGUAUACUCAGAGUUAAGCGUAGAUCUCUGUGACAAAAGACGAAAUAAAUGGAGUACAGGAAAAUCAAAGACGAGGACGAAGAUAGGGAUGCGAGCGUUGAGGACGUUGAAAAAUCAUUUUUGGUGUCAGUUCCAGAUAACAAUGUGGCCUCGAGGGUAGAAACCAAAAUUGAUAGCCACAGGUCGAAAGCACAGUGGAAGCGCAAGUCAGCCGUUACACUUGCAUUGACUAUUCUUACUAGUUCGCAAGCCAUUCUAAUCGUUUGGUCCAAGAGAGCUGGCAAGUAUGAAUAUAGUGUCACUACUGCUAACUUUUUGGUGGAGAGUUUAAAAUGUGCUAUAUCUCUGGUGGCCUUGGUCAGAACAUGGAAAAGUGAAGGUGUUACUGAGGACAACAGGUUGAAUACAACAUUAGAUGAAGUUAUAGUGUAUCCUAUUCCAGCAGCACUUUACCUUGUCAAAAAUUUGCUUCAGUAUUACAUCUUUGCAUAUGUAGACGCUCCAGGCUAUCAGAUAUUAAAGAACUUCAAUAUCAUCAGUACAGGUGUCCUAUACAGAAUUAUACUUAAGAAAAAGUUAAGUGAGAUUCAGUGGGCUGCUUUUGUUCUACUCACUGCUGGGUGCACUACAGCCCAGUUGAAUUCAAACUCUGAUCAUGUUCUUCAAACUCCCUUUCAAGGUUGGGUGAUGGCAAUCGUCAUGGCUCUCUUGAGUGGUUUUGCAGGAGUAUAUACUGAGGCUAUUAUGAAAAAGCGUCCUUCACGAAACAUAAAUGUUCAGAACUUCUGGUUGUAUGUCUUUGGCAUGGGCUUCAAUGCUGUUGCUAUAUUGGUUCAAGAUUUUGAUGCAGUGAUGAACAAAGGAUUCUUCAAUGGAUAUUCACUCAUUACCGUUGUUAUGAUUUUCAACCAUGCACUCAGUGGAAUUGCUGUAUCAAUGGUAAUGAAGUAUGCUGACAACAUUGUCAAGGUGUAUUCUACUUCAGUGGCAAUGAUUCUUACAGCAAUUGUUUCUGUGUUCCUUUUUGGCUUCCAUCUCUCCCUCGCCUUCUUCCUUGGUACAAUUGUUGUCUCUGUUGCAAUUUAUCUGCACUCUGUUGGGAAGAUGCAAAGAUAACUAUGACUUCUGCCUUCUAUUCCUACCUCAGUUUAAUUUUUUAUUUAUUUAUUGUUGUUUAGCCUCAUUUCAAAUGACUAUAUUUUGAAACUAUUAGUCCAAAGUCAUAGUGUACACUUUGAAAUGUAUCUUUGAAAAUAUAUGUCAACAAGGAUGGA